AAGUGAUUACACAUUUCUCUAUAGGCCUUGGCCGCUGUCUCUCUUCUCUCUGCUUCAAACAAUUUAAAGCAAUUGCAGUAUUAAAUACAAAUUUGAGAUUUGAGACAACUUGAGUUUACUCUUAUAUUAUCUUCAUAUCGUACAGUAGCAAUCGGCAUAUUGAAUAACCAUAUGGCGUCCAAAGUUACUUUCAGAAUAACUCUUACGUCUGAUCCCAGUCUGCCAUACAAAGUACUUAGUGUACCGGAAAAUACUCCAUUUACUGCUGUGUUAAAAUUUGCUGCUGAAGAAUUUAGAGUACCACCAGCUACAUCAGCAAUAAUUACAGACGAUGGCAUAGGAAUUAAUCCUCAACAAACUGCGGGAAAUGUGUUUCUUAAACAUGGCUCGGAUCUUAGGUUGAUUCCUAGAGAUCGCGUUGGAUAUAUUAGAUGAUUUAAGUAAUAUUGUUUAAUAGAUAUUGUAUAUCUUUAUAUAUAUAUAUAACAUGAAUCACGA